GGUGGAGCUCAUCUCUCUGUGUGUGUAAGUGUCAUUAGUGCUUGGAAAUUUAAACUUCUGAAAGGAGACUGCACUCUUUGCCUGAAUUUCCAUAUUCUCAGCUAAACCUUUGUUGAAAGGCAAUGGAUUGGGUCAGUCUUGUUCCUGUAGCGUUACUGUUUAUCCUCAUUCUGCUGAUGAUUCUGAAAGGCCAACAUGCCUGGAAGAGCCAUGCAAGAGAAAACUUCCCUCCAGGACCCAGGCCUUUACCCAUCAUUGGAAAUCUACACAUCAUGAAUCUGAAGAAACCUCACCUGACAAUGCUAGAGCUAUCCAAAACACAUGGCUCAGUCUUCAGCAUUCAGAUGGGACUAAGGAAAACAGUGGUGCUGUCAGGGUAUGAGACAGUGAAGGAAGCUCUGGUGAACCAGGCAGAUGCCUUUGCAGGAAGACCCAAGCUACCAGUCUUUGAAGAAGUAUCCAAAGGAAAAGGAGUUAUAUUUUCUGCUGGAGAAAACUGGAAAGUGAUGCGAAGAUUUACUCUUACAACCUUACGGGAUUUUGGAAUGGGCAAGAAGGCAGUGGAAGAUCGUGUUGUAGAAGAGUAUGGGUGCCUGGCAGACACCAUUGAGUCACAUAAAGGAAAGCCCAUUGAGAUGACUCUGAUGGUGAAUGCUGCUGUUGCCAAUGUCAUUGUGUCCAUAUUGCUCGGAAAGAGGUAUGACUAUGAAGACCCCACGUUCAAAAGACUCCUGGAACUGGUGAAUAAAAGCAUGAGGAUUGUUGGAAGACCAUCAGUUUUGGUGUACAACAUGAUCCCAGUCCUUGGAUUCCUUCUGAAGACCCACAGAACUUUCAUUAAGAACAUAAAACAAAUCAAUGAUUUUAUCAAGGUUACUUUCAUAGAACAUCUCAAAACAUUAGACAGAAAUGACCAGAGGAGCUUCAUUGAUGCUUUUCUUGUGAGACAACAGGAGGAGAAGGGAAAGGCCAAUGGAUAUUUUGAUAAUGAAAAUUUAACUGAGGUUGUGAGAAACCUGUUUGUAGCUGGAAUGGAGACCACGUCCACCACUUUGCUCUGGGGCCUUCUGCUCAUGAUGAAAUAUCCUGAAAUUCAGAGAAAAGUCCAAGAAGAGAUAGAGCAAGUGAUAGGGUCAAACCCCCCAAGAAUUGAGCAUCGAAUUCAGAUGCCAUACACAGAUGCUGUCAUUCAUGAAAUUCAAAGGUUUGCUAAUAUUGUGCCAUUGAACUUGCCUCAUGAGACUACUGCAGAUGUCACCCUCAAAGGCUAUUUCAUUCCCAAGGGAACCUACAUCAUCCCCUUACUGGCCUCUGUCCUGCGAGACAAAUCCCAUUGGGAGAAACCAGACAACUUUUACCCUGAGCAUUUCCUUGACUCUGAAGGGAAGUUUGUAAAGAAAGAAGCUUUCAUACCAUUUUCAGCAGGGAGGAGGAGUUGUGCUGGAGAGACUCUUGCCAAAAUGGAGCUCUUCCUCUUCUUCACCAGCCUCCUGCAGAGAUUCACCUUCCAGCCUCCCCCUGGAGUUUCCAUCACUGACCUGGAUCUCUCUCCUGCUGCGGGAGGCAUCAGCUCCCCAGUGACUUAUGAGGUCUGUGCAGUGCCACGUUCCUAGGGCUUUUCAUGGCCACCUCCUCUUCCUGCAACAGCCAGAUAAAAAAUCUUUGUGUCUAGACUCAUGUAGGACAUUUGGUACUUCUGCAUUCCAGUUUUAACCCAAACACACUUUGACCCAUAGCUGAAGAUGUCUCACCCACCAUAAUGGCAAGCUGCAGUCCUGAUUUCAACCACCCCCUGAAAAGAAAGUUGAUGGUCAUUGUGAAGAUAAAUUACACCAAGAAAACAGCAAAAUCCACUUCAUUCAUUCUCUACACUUCUGCACAUUCCCCUUGAUGAAAGAGGCCAGGGACAGUCUCAGGGUCAAAUCCCAAAGGAUAUUGCACUGCUCUACACACACCCACAAACCCAAGGUCUUUCACUUUCCACACCUCCAGCUGACUCCUGAAAAUGGUCCAUUACACAAUUUAUCCCCCCCCCACUGCCCUGAACACAUAUGUACACAUACACAUAAAUAUAACUGAGCA